UCGAAUGAACCCUACACAACUGAAUUUUAAUUAGUCGAACUUCAGUACAAAUAACAGACAUAAAUCCCCAAAAGGCUAAAAAAAAAAGAUAGGGAGCCCCCUACUUGUGAACCUAAAACCCCAACAAAGCCCUUUCGCUUCUCAUUAUUACAAUUAUGGCCACUCACGCCGCCAGGUCCUUCCUCCGCUCCGCCGCCACCUCCGGCCGCUCCGCCGUCACCUCCGGCCGCUCCGCUGCCACCAAAAUUGCCUCCGGCGCCAAGCCAAAAUCCUCUCCCUUUCGUAUUCCAGCUCAAAAGCCACCCAAUGCUCGCAUUUUCAGGUCUCCUGUAGAAAUGAGUUGUGUUAGAGUGGAAUCUAUGUUUCCUUAUCAUACUGCCACUGCCUCGGCGCUACUGACUUCAAUGCUCUCUGCUACUCCUCGGAGCUAUGGUUGGACGCUUGAAGAUUGCAAUGAUGAUUUAUGAUGUCGGAGGGUUCAACUGAAGUAUUAUGUCGUCCAUGCAGUCUAAGAGAAUGUCUGUAUGAGCUCUGAAGAAGAAAUAUUUGGUUUCUUCUACGACUGUCAUUUGAUUUCCGUUCUAAUCUCCCCGUUUGUGAAACUGCCAUCCUUUCUCUUUCAGUAAAUUUAGCUUCUUCCGAAGCAUUUUAAGUAGCAGUAUUUUCUAGUUGAAUUCUUCUGAUGUUCAUCGCUAUGAUGCUAGAUACUGCACUGCAUGUCCACCUUAACUCUUUCGGGCUUAUUUUAAACUGUAAUAUAGUAGUUUGACGACUGGCUUUUCCUUGUCUUGGGCUGUGAUUACAUGCUCAUCGGCUUCCUUUCAGCUUCAAGAUUUUGUAAACUAUUAGUCUAUGAGCUUCAAUAAGACGCCAUUGAACAUAGCGUUUAGAAUCAUGUUGACGCCUUUUACUUCUUCCAUUUUUCGCCUACUUCUGGUACAUGUUUUACAAGUAAUUUUGUUAUUCCUGUUUGCAUUGUAGAUGGAUGAUUGUUAUGCAGUGCAUAUCUUGGUUGUUCAACGGAUAUCGAUGGACUGUAACAUUAGAACCCCAGAAAUCAUCUCCGUUUUUAUGAAUUUUGGAGCUAAAUCUUCAACAUUUAUUGUUCUGAUCAUGGAAUUUUUAGCUAAAUCUUCUCUUUGGAUAGCCAUUUGUAGAUUGAAAGAUACUAGUUCUCAUAAUUCCUUAUAUCUACAAUGAAAAGUUAUCAAGUUUAAGUUGCAGUCUAAUAAAUCAUUUGAAUUUUGUGUUA